AGGUGUUUAAUAGAUGAGAAGAAUUACAUCCUGAGGGAUGCCAAAAAGGAAAAAGAAAUUGGAUUUAGCAUGGCUGUUUCGGUUGCUCGUGCAAGCCAGCAUCCACUUCUAGAGGGUCGGAGUGUAUUCAUUACCCCAAACAUAAAACCUCCUAAAGAAAUGAUGAGUAGCUUGGUCAAGGCAGUUCAUGGCCAGGUAGUGGAGAAAAGUCAGAUAUCUGCUUCUGCUGCAAACAUCCAAGAUAAUCUAUUCAUUCUUUCCUGUGAAGAAGAUCGUGCAAUCUGUGUUCCUCUCCUUGAUAAAGGAAUAGCGGCGUAUACUUCAGAACUUAUACUGAAUGGGAUAAUAAUCCAGAAACUGGAAUUUGAGAGACAUCAGCUCUUCAAGAAUCAUGCCAGUCGGAGUCAAACCAGAACAAGGUUAAGGAAAGAUGUGUGCUUGCAACGGGAGUUAGUCAAAUUGUAAGGGU